AUGCCCGCCCGCGUGGGGCGGGUCCGCCCCGACAUCCCGCCGGGUCCCGGAACCCAUGGCAAUCAGACGGCCCGCGCGGGCGGACGAGAGUCGGGGAGCCCAGGCCCCCUCGCACCUCGACCGCCGGGCGGGACCACCGAUCACGCCCGCCGCACUCCCGCGGCGGGCGGCAGCAGGCGGGGCGCCGAGCCGCAGCCCCGGCGGCGGAACGGGCGGCGGGCAGCAGCCCGCCGGGCGGCGGACCGAGGCGGGCCCCCUCCCCGGGGGGACCCAGCGGACCGCGGGAUUGAAACGAGGGGAGUAAGAGGGCGAGGGCGCCGGGCGGGCAAGAGCGGGCCCGCCCGGGACGGCCCCGGAAGACAGAGAGAGCCGAACGGCCCGUGCGGAGAAGAGCUGGUUUUAAUCUCCAAAUUGCAAGUAUCAGUCUUGGUCUCAGUCUCGGCCAGCCGCAACGGCUUUGUGUUUUACCCUCGGGACCCGUCAACAACACACAACUGA